AUGUUUCCGUCUAGAAUAUUCGAAAAAUGGUGGUUGAGAGCAUUCAUUGCGCUCGUCGUCUUUUUCGUCUGGCAGAUUUGUUACGCAAUUAAUCGGGUGCAAGGAUUGGAGGAGGAGAAGACGAUUUUGCAAGCGACAAUCGAAGUGCUAAAACGAAAAAGCGACGGUUUGCGGACAGAAAUACACGAAAAAGAGCGUGCUUUGACACGAUUGGAUGGACGGAUUGAGGAAAUUGAUACGCAAAUCCGUGACCACAUCUCCCUUCUGCCACGUGUCAACCGUACAACUCCAUUCAUUUAUUUCAUCACUCCAACUCAUUUCCGUGCCGCCCAAAAAGCCGAUCUCACUCGUCUCUCCUACACUCUCUCACACGUCCCAAAUCUUCAUUGGAUCGUCGUCGAGGAUUCAGAUGAGCUGACGCCAUCAGUCGCCGAGAUUCUGAAACGGUCACGUCUUCCCUAUACUCAUCUGAAUGCACGGACUCCGCCCACUCAGAAAAUGAAGUAUUCCGAUCCGAAUUGGACGCUGCCACGUGGUGUUGAUCAGAGGAAUUCUGCGUUGCUAUGGAUAAGAAAUCAGUUGGCGGGUGUCAAAAAUGGAGUUGUUUAUUUUGGAGACGAUGAUAAUACUUAUGAUCUGAAGGUGUUUGAAGAAAUGAGAAAAGUAGAGAAAGCGGGUGUUUGGCCUGUUGGAAUUGUUGGUGGAAUGUUUGUGGAGACACCAAUUUUGGCAGAGAAUGGCACAAUAAUCGACUUCAACGCAGUCUGGAAACGCGAACGUCCCUUUCCAAUCGAUAUGGCCGCAUUCGCAGUGAAUAUCACUCUAAUUCUCUCCAAUCCCAACGCUCUUUUCUCAUUCGACGUGCCACGUGGAUACCAAGAGUCCACAUUCCUCGAUAACGUCGGAAUCCAUCGAUAUAAUAUGGAACCGUUGGCUGAAAAGUGCACAAAAGUGUACGUUUGGCACACGAGAACGGAGAAAUCGAAACUAUCGAAAGAGAUGAUUGAGAAGCUGACGAAGAAGCGAGGAUUCAACGAGUUGGAAGCACACGCGCUUGGUGUCAAGAUUUAG